AGGCGCGGCGGCGAGUGCGUCACGGCGGAGGGCCCGGUGGGCUGCGGCCGACCCGCCGACCAGGAGCCGGCGCCCGGGCCGAGGGGCGGCGGCCGCACCCUCCCCGGCAGUCAGGGCCGGGCCGGGGUCCCGGCGGCGAGCGGGCUGCGGCCGCUCCAUUCAUUCCCGCGGCCCCGCCUCCUCCGCUCCCGGCUCCGCGGGCGGCGCGUCCGAGAGAAUGGCAUUCCCUGUGGACUUGCUGGAUAGUUGCAGUCACGAGGAAUUGGAAAAUUCUGCUGAAGAUUAUAUGUCAGAUCUAAGGUGUGGGGACCCUGACAGUCCUGAGUCUUUUUCUCUUCUCGAUUUAACGAUUCCUAUUAGCCUGUCAAAUGUAGGCUUUGUACCUCUUUAUGGUGGAGAUCCGACCCAGAAAAUUCUUGCUCUUUUUUCACCUGAGGACUCACUCACAGCUGUGGCACUUUACCUGGCUGAUCAGUGGUGGGCUAUUGAUGAUAUCGUGAAAACAUCUGUCCCUUCUCGAGAGGGGCUUAAGCAGGUGAGAACUCUUGGGGAGAGAGUGGUUCUGUAUGUUCUGAAUCGAAUUAUUUAUAGAAAACAGGAAAUGGAGAGAAAUGAGAUCCCAUUCCUGUGUCAUAGCAGUACUGAUUAUGCUAAGAUUCUGUGGAAGAAAGGAGAGGCCGUUGGGUUUUAUUCAGUUAAGCCUACAGGAAGCAUAUGUGCCUCACUUCUUACCCAAAGCUACCAACUGCCAGUUCUUGAUACAAUGUUUAUAAGAAAAAAAUAUCGAGGCAGAGAUUUUGAGCUUCAUAUGCUGGAGGACUUUGUUGAUUCCUUUACAGAAGAUCUACUUGGCUUACGGUACCCACUGACCUCUAUAAUGUACGAAGCUUGCAAACAAUACUGUGAAAAGUAUCCAGGAGACCAUGAACUCCUUUGGGAAGUUGAAGGUGUUGGACAAUGGUACCAGAGAAUACCUGUCACCAGAGCAUUACAGAGAGAAACACUUAGACUUACAGUAGUUUCUCCAAAUGAAGCUAAAAGAACCACAUCUGGAGAAUAUGGUCUUGUAUCUGUUCCCGAAUAUGAAGCAGGAACUGAAGACGGUCCGUCUAGUGAGAUGCAGCUAACUGUUGAUUCUCUAAAAGAUGCUGUUGCAAGCACUUCUGAAGGUCAUGAUAAGACACCAGUUUCCACUCGUACUCGAAGUAGUAAUCUGAAGCGGCCCAAGGUUGAAAAGCGGUUUCAGCAUUCUGAAUUUAGUAGUCCUCCAGGGGAAGAUGAAAAGAUACCCCAGACUUCACCCACAGCUUCAGGAAUUAAGUUGGAGUCUACUCCACGCAUAUCAGAGAGCUCAGAAGAAUUACCGAAAGAAGAACAUGUACAGAAUGUGAUAGAAUUUGACAACGGAAAUAGUGAUAAAGAUGCUCAUUCAGCACCUGAAACCCAGUCACAUCUGGAGAAGCAAGAUAGUGAAAAGGAAUUUGAAUUAGAGCCUAUGAAUGGUGAAGUAAUGGAUGAUACUAUUAAGACCUCUCCUAUACCUGAAGAGAAUGACUCUCUUGGUGAAGUUUUAGAUCAAGAAUUAAAAUUGCAGUCUUUUAAUUCCAAUGAAGACCCUACAAAUCUUGUUCCACCGGUGGUAGAAUCUUCAAAACCCCUUGAGGCUGUUGCACAGGAUAAGACCUCACUUGUAACUGACUCAGAAGAGUUAUUAAACGAAGGCCCAUCUGAUGAUGGGAAGGGGCACACAGAAGAGAAACUGCCACAAGUUCAAAGGAAGAAGGCACAUUUUGUGAGUUCAGACAAUGUUGCCACUAUCCCACAUGAAGAACGAUCUGACAGUGGUUUUCCAAACUCUGUGGUAGCUGAACUUUCUGAAGAACCUAUCUCUGAAAAUUUGUCACCCAAUACUCCUCCCUCAUUGGAAGACCAGGUUGAAGAGGGGGUGUCUGAGCCCCAGGAAACGUCUCCAGGUCUUCCUCAGAGUUCUUUGAUCGAGGUUGAACUUGAAGAUAUGCCAUUUGCACCAAAUGCAGGACAGAAGAACCAGUCAGAGGAGCAGUCGGAAGGAUCUUCUGAGCAGCUGGAUCAGUUUACACAGUCAAUAGAAAAAACAGUGGAUAGCAGCUCAGAGGAAAUAGAAGUGGAAGUGCCUGUUGUAGACAGGCGGAAUUUAAGAAGAAAGGCCAAAGGAUAUAAAGGACCCGCUAAGAAGAAAGCCAAGCUGACCUGAAGAAAUGCAGAUCACAAAUCCUCUUCUUUGUAACGUGAUUGUUUUUAAGAUACGGUAAUAAAUAGCAAGGGGCACAGGACAAAAAUUCUGGAACUUCCCUUUGAGCUUAUUUAUGAUGUUAUUUUUCAAUCCUCCUUAGGACUUAGGAUUCAUCAUUGUUUUAAUUUUUAGGCUAUUUUGUGUAAAUAUAGUUUAAUUUUUAUUAACCAUGUUUCAACUUUGGGAAACCAGAUCAUACUGUAUUUUCUUUAGUAAUUGGGGCCAUCUGACCCUAAAUAUUUCAGGAUAUAUAAACUUAAAAAAUGGGAAGUAGGAUGCUUUUCAUUGUGAGGAUUACAGAAAUCUUUUACACUUGAGUUUUAAAUAGUAAACUUGGGGAGUGUUCUAGAAAUUUUAGCUUAAAUAUCAAAACUAAUCACCAUUUAAAAAAAUGUAGGCAUGCAUAAACAAAAAUGGCAGUAAAUUAGAAUAAUUCCGACUGAAUGAGAGCACAAAUACCAGAAAUUUAUGAUGGAAGGUUUAUGAGGACGGUAUUUUGGCCUCUUAUUUCAUUGUUGUAUAGAUGCAGUUUCUUCCUUUGACUUUUCUGAAUAGGCACAGACUCUCCAACUCCUUAUAACAUCUAAUAUUAACAGUAGUGUCAGGGAUUAACGGGCAUGUAGGUACUCAUAAAGCUGGGGAAUAUACUUUUGUUCACCUAGUUAACAUGUAUAAAUUAGAAGAGGUCCCUUCUUAAGUUAUCCUUAAUCCUGCUACUGCCCUUAUUCUAGAAUUUUAUUUAUAUUCCUCUCAGCGUUCAUCUACUUGCCUAACUCACGGAGUGAAUCCUGUCAAAAGAUUUGCCUGCCUGCCUGCCAGCUUAUGCCCUUGGCAUCAUUUUUGGGUAGGUAUGAAACUGUGCCCUACAAUCUUAGAUCUGGAUGAUAGCAAUAAGGCUGCCUAGGAGCUUUAGAUUCCAGAGCUUAAAUCAAAUUGGAGGCUUUCUUCUUCAGUCUUGCUUUUCGUUCUUGAUUUGUUUUGUGAGGACAGGUUAUAAGCAGCCUGUUCAUUGUGUUGCCAUAGCAAAGGCCUUUGCCCAGGAAAACUUAAAAAACAAAACUCUCAAUUGUUAAUUUUUGUAAUUUGUUUAGAAAUGAACAAAACGGUUAUUUUUAGGGUCCAAAUAGAAUCUUGAAACAAUACUGCUCUUUGGAAGAAUUAUGUAUACUCAGAUGUGUACUUCAGUUGAAGGUACUUCAGUUGAAGAAUGCUUUGAGACUUAAGAUUGUUUCUACAACAGGCUUGGUUCUUUAUGAAAAAAAGAGUUAGGGUUUUUUGUCAUUAUUUGACAAAUAAUGCUAAGGAUUGAUGUUAAAUGUUUUUUAGUCCACAGUCAAGUUAUGUUGUUACAUUUUUCAGGGGGAUCUUGGUAUUUUAGAAAGAUCUAAGUUCUUUAAGCAGCAAGAUGGCAAACCUUCCUAUUCAUUGUAAAAUUUUGAGUACUUGUAUCCCCAAAUUUUCUUUAAUUAUUGGUUGGGAUAAGCCAGAUUUCACACUAAAUGAAAAUUACAGCACUUUGGCUAUUUUCUCAAAAAAAGCAAAUAAGUGAAAGAGAAAAAGUAUUACUAUGAAUUCCCUAUCAAAUGUUUGUCUUAUAUGUUUUAUGAAAAACAUUUGUUAAAACCACAAAUAGGGAACUAAAGAUUAAGAUUUAGUGAGUUCUUAUUCUUAACCUUUCCACUUUAAAUUUCUUAUUAUAAAAAUUCAACACUUAUUUUACUUGGGAUUAUUCAUUUUCUCUUUAAAAUACUUUCUUUAAAAAAGUAGAAUUUAAGAAGGUUGAAUGCACUGACAACUCUUGAUGUGUGAAUACGGUUACUGAGAUCACAAAAAGAAAUGGAUAGUUAUUCAUGUAUGAUUGCUAGGGACUAACAGUAUAAACUUAUUGAACUUGUUUGGUUUACUCUUAAACAAGAUGUGAAUUUUAGGCAAUUUCGAAACUUUUUGUUCAGUACAUAAGAAAACUUGUUACACGUUGUCUUGCAAAAAAUGUUAUUUUGGCACUUAUAGAUAGGACACGAGAAAAAGUGAGUCCCAUGAAAAACACGUUUACUAACAUGUUCAUUUUCAGUAAAGAAUGUGAUAAAACAUGUCAACCAGGAAACUAAUUAAAACUUAUCAGAUACUUGUUUUUGCAAGUCAUUAAUAAAACUUUCAGAACUAGAGGACAGAAAUUUGAUUUCAAACAACUAGUCCAAUUGUUGAGUGUCCAGUCAUUCUGUAAUCCUUUGUGGAUUGUUUUGUUUAGAAAUCUUAUUCUUAGAGAAGGAAGUUCACUUUAGUUUGUGUAAAUACGUAUGUAUUUCCUCGUGUAAUAUACAGUAGUUAACAAAAUUUUAGUUCUACUUUUGUUUAUUCAAUUGCUAGACAUCACAGAAAUAAGUAUAUUUAAGGUUUAUGAGGGCAGUAUUUUGGCCUCUUAAUUCAUUUAUUAUAAAGCUCCUCUACAGCUUUUAAAGGUGAGAGGAUCUAUUAUGAUUUUUUACAAAAACAAAUAGCAUGACAGAAUAUCAGUCACUUGCUUAAAUUGUCUAUAUUCAUGGUGUUUUCCAUUAAGUACAGAGAAUUAUCACAGGAAGGAUAACAACUAGUGAUUAAUGGUUCACUUUUUGCUGACCACCAGAACACUGUACUACCUAACAUGGUUUCAGUGACUUUAGAAGAUUAUCUUGGUGGGUUAUGAUUGCAUCAAAUUGAGUUUACCUAGUAUCUGUUAUCUGCUCUUAUGUUCUGCUUUACCCUUAGGGAUUACCUUUUAAAUUUGGUCACACCAGCAAACAAACAGAUUCUUAAAGUGUAAAUAAAGAACUUAUACUAACAUUACUCAUCUGUGUAACAGUAUUUUACAAAUUUAUUUCUGCCUGGUAUGUCCAUUAACAUCAAUAUUGUUUAAGGCAUUGCCUGAUAUUUCAUGGAUGUGAUUAGUUAUGUUUCUUUAAUAUCACGCUUUCUUUGUAUAAUUUGCCCAUUUAAAAAAAAAUUUCAGUUAUGUAGCAUCAUGUGCUUAUUACCUUUAGUCAGUGUUUUCUUUCAUCUUCCAAAACCUAAAUCAUUCAUUUCUAUUUGUGGCAAAAUCAUGUUAAAACUAAUCGUAAGAAAGGUUAAGCUUCUGUCAUUGUGAAGUAAUUGUAUUAUCCUGGAUAGUCAUUCCCAAGGACUAGCCAGCCUUUCUUUUCCUGUCUGUGUUCCAAACCUAUUGUUUUUAGUACUUAGAAAAGAUAUUGCAGUAUUUAGAAUAGCAAGUCUUACUGAAAUUUUCUUGGUAGUUGUUUUUUUUUUAGUUUAAAAGUAGUAAUUAAACAUAUAUUUUGUGAUUGUU